AUGGCAGGUAAGUCAAGUGAUAGAGACUCUGAGCCCAUGUCUCGCGAAUCGCAAGUCUUUGCCGAAAUUAAUCAAGCUACGGCAAAUGGACCAUGUGGCGACUGGACCUCGUACCAUGAUCAAAAAUGUUUCAAAAUAAUCGCAGCGGUGGGCACACAACAAGAGGCUAUGGCCGCAUGCAAACAACUCGAUAGCCACUCAACAUUGCCUACAAUAAAGUCUCUGGAUGAAAACACUUUCAUAUACAACAUGGUCAAACCAUACGCUAGUCAGGCAACCAGUAUCUGGUUGGGCACCCUAUACCUUAGCAACACAUUUCAAUGGGUAGACCACACGGCCAUUAGCUACAAAAACUACGCCUACCCUGCUAACAUACACAACCAAUGCAUGCAAAUGUCCUUGCACAUAACUACUCUAACACAUCAGUCGUAUCAUUCACUGUAA